ACACGGGCAGGGGCCGGGCGCUGGUUGGACGCCGGGCGGAGGACGCGGGCACGGCGCUCGGGCGGCAGCGAUGGCGGAUCCGGCGCUGUCGCGGGUGCCGGACGUGCAGAUCGAUGGCGACGGUGUCUUCAAGUACGUGCUGGUGCGGGUGCGCGGGGCUGGCGCGCCCCCCAAGGACGUCGUGCGAGGCCACAGCUGGGCCGAGUACCACGCCGACCUGUUCGAGCGCACCGCGGAGGAGCUGGCGCGGCACGGCCUGAGCUGCGAGUGCCUGGGCGGCGGCCGCCUGUCGCACCGCCCUGAAGAGAGGAAGAUCCACGUCUACGGGUACUCGGUGGGCUUUGGACGAGCUGACCACGCUGUGACCACAGAGAAGCUGAAGGCAGAGUAUCCCGACUAUGAGAUUACCUGGGCAGAUGAAGGGUACUGACUCCUCUGUCUGUGGUGCCAGCCCAGAACUGGCACAGCUGUAUGCAGCACCGGGCGGUGGCAGCAGGCUCCCCAUGCUCGGCCGUGCUCCAGGCUCUCCUGAUUUUCCUUUGUGUUGAACUUGCCCAUUCUCCGCUAUCACCGGACUGUCCCCAUGCCAGGUGCUCCCACCUCCCUGCCGUGGCAAAGCUGGUGAAGCCAGUGGUUGCUCUGCCCCAGCCCCCUGGCGCCAGGGGCUCAUCCACGUGUAUCUGUGAGAAUUAAAGUCGUUGGAGGAGCACAGCUGCUCUGGUGGCCA